AUGACUAACCGCUUCAAACUUCGACUCUCUUUUCCAUCAUUCCAAUUCUGUCGUUUAAAACAUCGCUCUUCUUUCCCACACAUUCCAUGUCCAGCCACCUACCACUUCUCACCCAUCAACCCGAAAUCAUUUGACAUCUCUUAUUCCGGCUUCCCGGAGCCACCACCUUCAACUCCAAACCUUCCUUUAUCCAAACGCCAUGUGUCACCGGCUAAGAUCAUACCGGUCGACUGCGGAGGAUGUCGAUCAAAGUCACAUCACAACAAUAACACCAAAUCAUCACCACAGUAUUACUACGAAGAACAUCAAAACAAAGAGAAGAAAACUAAAGCAAGUAUUUGUAUAAGCACUUCCACUACAGCUGAUAGAGUUUGGUUCAGUACUGAAGGUAGUGACUACUACAAUGAAGAGACUGAGAGCUUCGUUUCUUAUUCGAGAAGCUUUGAUUCCUCUUAUGAAUUCGAUUACUCGUUGGAGACUAUAAGCGAGAGUAAGAAGAAGAAGAAGAAGAAGAAGAAGAAGAAUUUUGAUGUAUCUCUGGCGAGGAUGGUGGUGGAGGGAAAACUGAAGGGGGCGUUUGCGGUGGUGAAGAGGUCGGAGGACCCGAAAGAGGAUUUCAAGAGGUCGAUGAUGGAGAUGAUAUUGGAGAAAGAGAUGGUUGAUGCUGAGGAUUUGGAGCAGCUCUUGCAGUGUUUUCUAUCUCUUAACUCGCGACACCAUCAUGCUGCCAUUGUUGGAGCGUUUGCUGAGGUUUGGGAAUCUUUGUUCUGUCAAUCUCCUGAUUCUCGACAUGUUUCGAUGGGUCAUUGA